CGAAAGGAAACCCUCGGGGCGGGUGGCGCCCGGGGCCUGGGCUCGGGCAUGGAGCUGCGGGCGCUCUGGCUGCUCUGCUGGUGCGGGUGCUGGUGCUACGGCGGCGGCCACGGAGCCGGUCCCGGUGCCACCUUCACCCGGACGGGACCGCGGAGCCAAGAGCAGCAGGCAGCCGCCUUCCGGGAAAGUCUUAAUAGACAUCGAUACUUGAAUUCCUUAUUUCCUAGUGAAAAUUCCACUGCCAUCUAUGGAAUAAAUCAGUUUUCAUAUUUGUUUCCUGAAGAAUUUAAAGCUAUUUAUUUAAGAAGCAAAACUUCCAGAUUCCCCCACUACUCCCCGAAAGGGCCAAUGCUCAUCUCCAACAUGUCUUUGCCAUUAAGAUUUGACUGGAGAGAUAAGCAUGUUGUCACACAAGUGAGAAACCAGCAGGCGUGUGGAGGAUGCUGGGCCUUCAGUGUGGUAGGUGCAGUGGAAUCAGCAUAUGCAAUAAAAGGGAAGCCUUUGGAAGACCUAAGUGUGCAGCAGGUCAUUGAUUGCUCAUAUAAUAAUUACGGCUGCAAUGGAGGGUCUACUUUUAAUGCUUUGAACUGGCUAAAUAAGACGCAAGUAAAACUGGUGAGAGAUUCAGAAUACCCAUUUAAAGAACAGAACGGCCUGUGCCAUUACUUUUCUGAUUCACAUUCUGGAUUUUCAAUCAAAGGUUAUUCUGCACAUGAUUUCAGUGACCAAGAAGAUGAAAUGGCAAAAGCACUCCUUACCUUUGGUCCUUUGGUAGGGAUAGUAGAUGCAGUGAGCUGGCAAGAUUAUCUCGGAGGGAUAAUACAGCAUCACUGCUCUAGUGGAGAAGCAAAUCAUGCUAUUAUCAUAACUGGGUUUGAUAAAACAGGAACUACUCCAUAUUGGAUUGUACGGAACUCAUGGGGAAGUUCGUGGGGAGUGGAUGGCUAUGCCCAUGUGAAAAUGGGAAGUAAUAUUUGCGGUAUUGCAGAUUUUGUUUCUGCCGUAUUUGUAUGAUUAAUUGAUCGAAUCAAGAGACAACUACCAAAAUGAAGGUUCCUACUGAAAUAUAGCAUGGUACUUCAUUCUCAGCAUUAUUCACCUUUAGGUUUUAGCAACUAACCACAACCGGUUCUAGGGCCUGGUAGUAUUUAAGCCAAGUUAUGGCAUGUCUCCUUCUUAUAAAGAGAUGGGCAACAUAGUCAGGAGGAAGAACACCAGCACCAUGGCCUGGGAAACAGUUUCCCACUCCGGAGUGAAUGUCAGUUUAAGAUAUUUUAGGUCUCUACUUUGAAGAGGCUAUUAUCCGGUUUUGUUUAAUUGCUGUUUUUGUUUGUUUUCUAUUUGUUUAUUUUCAAUGUCAUUAAAGAGCUGAUAAGAAUUUA